AAAGUGAUAAGAGUUUCUUAAUAAAAAAUGGUAAGAGUUCUGAAACGUGUUUUGCGUGUAUGAUUUUGAUAUAUCCUUUCAAAAUUCAGCCGGAAGUUCCAUUUUUUGCAAUCGGACAAAUCUCACGUUGAUCGGAAUCGAAAAUUUCAUCAGCUGCCUGAGAUCAAGAACAAUAAUGACAUCAGGUUGUGCUCUCCUGUGCGAAAUCCUAUUUGCUCUUCUCCUUCCACCUCUCGGAGUUUGUCUCCGGUACGGUUGCUGCACGGCGGAGUUCUUUGUCUGCUUGUUGUUGACUCUACUGGGUUAUCUUCCUGGGAUAAUCUAUGCCCUCUAUGCCAUCGUACUAGUUAAUCCAGAUCGUGAGGAUUACCGCGAUCGCUACUAUACACUUGCUUAACGAGUAUGGUUGUGUCUUAAUUUGGAUCUGUAUCCCUGUCAUUAUGUGUGAUUUAUGAUCUAUCUGGUGAUGAUUUGCCUUUUAUGUAGUUAAAUGUUGACUUCUGUAUUAUGUUUAGUUCUCAAUCUAUUGAUGGUUCUAUCUUUAAGCAGUUA